GCAGCUGAGUGUCGAGCCAGGAUCCGGCAGCGUCACGGGAGACAGACGGAGAGGGGGAGGAGAGUAAAGGGUGAAACGGCCAUGCUGGUCUUUAACAUUCUCAAUGAGAAUGUUGCUGUGGAAGCUUAUCUUUCCCUGGAUCCCUCUUCCUACUCUCACCCUGGCUCCCGAGUCCUCAGUGCUGAUAGGGUGGAGCAGAUGACCAAGACCUACAAUGACAUUGAGGUUGUCACACACCUAUUGGCUGAGCGGGACCGGGACUUGGAGCUGGCCGCUCGGAUUGGUCAGUCUCUGCUUCAGAGGAACCACCUGCUCCAGGAACGAAAUGAGUCUGUGGAGGAACAGCUAGCACAGGCCCUGGACCAGGUGCACCAGCUCCAACAUGAGCUGGGGAAAAAGGAUGAGUUGCUGCGAAUGGUGGCCAGCGCUUCGGAGGAGAGUGAGACUGAUUCCAGCUGCUCAACGCCGCUGCACCCCCGCCAACCCCUAGCACCAGCUGUGGCCCUCAGCCAGCUGGAGGCCCUGCAGGGGAAAAUGUCUGAUCUGGAAGAGGAGAACCUGGCCCUACGCUCUGAGGCCCGUCAUCUGAAGACGGAGACCAUCACCUUCGAGGAGAAAGAACAACAGCUGGUCAGCGACUGUGUCAAGGAGCUACGCGAGUCCAACAGCCAGAUGGUGAACCUGACAGAGGAGCUGUCCCAUAAGAGUGAAGAGGUGAUGCGACACCAGGAGGAGAUUUCUCAGCUCCUCUCCCAGAUAGUAGAGCUCCAACACCGCGUCAAAGAGCUGGCCCUGGAGAAAGAGGAGCUGCGGAUUCACCUACAGGCCUCGAAAGAUGCCCAGAGAUCACUCACUGCAGAGCUGAAUGAGCUAGCGGACCGUAAUGUAGAGUGUGUGGAGAUGCUACAUGAGUCUCAGGAAGAGAUCAAGGAGCUGCGCAGUAAGAACACUCCGUCUGCAGGCAUGAGACGACACCUGCCCUACGGACUCUUCCCCAUGGUGAGAUCUACACCUUCUGUAAUGUGUGUGUGUGUGUGUGUGUGUGUGUGUGUGUGUGUGUGUGUGUGUGUGUGUGUGUGUGUGUGUGUGUGUGUGUGUGUGUGUGUGUGUGUGUGUGUGUGUGUGUGUGUUAGGGAUGUAACGAUUCACCAAAACACAGCAGUCCCCGAUUUAAAAUGUUUAAGAUACAAGUGCUUCGGUCCGCGGAACCCAAACCGAACCAAAUGUAGCAUGCAUCGGUCAGAAAAUCUAUUCAAAGUGAAAACAACGCUGGUUCACUAAUAUCUUUUCAUAUUAUAUUCUUUCUACCUUCAGAAAAUACCUCAUAUUUUGUGACAACUAACGUGUCCUCUCCUUCAGUGUUGAACUGCAUGUAACUAUGUUGACCGUCAUUGAUCUACAAGUCAUUUUGUGAUGUCGAACAACCCCAGGCAAUAUCAUUAGUCUAGUUAAACUGCGCACUGCCCAGCUUCACACACGGACCAACGUUUUUACUAGCAGAAGUCACUUUUCGUAGCAGGUUAGAAGAAUUAGAUUAAGGUUAGGAAAAGGGUUAGCUAACAUUGUCUCCAAAGCAAACAUAUUGAGCAACAACCAGGCCUGCCUUGAGAAGCCAUGGAUCACAGGAUUCAUCCACACCAAGCUGAAGGCUGGAGCUGCCUCUUUCAAGGAGCUGGACACUAAUCCGGAUGCUUAUAAGAAAUCCCGCUAUGCGCUAAGACGAACCAUCAAACAGGCAAAGUGUCAAUACAGGACUAAGAUUGAAUCCUACUACACCGGCUCUGGAUGUGGCAGGGCUUAAACUAUUACGUACUAUGAAGGGAAACCCAGCCGCAAGCUGCCCAGUGACGCGAGGCUACCAGACAAGCUAAAUGCCUUUUAUGGUCGCUUUGCGUCAAGCAACAUUGAAGCAUGCUUGAGAGCACCAGCUGUUCCGAAGGACUGUGUGAUCAUGCUCUCCAUAGCCAAUGUGUGCAAGACCUUUAAACAGGUCAACAUUCACAAAGCCGCAGGGCCAGACGGAUUACCAGGACGUGUACUAAAAGCAUGCGCGGACAAACUGCCAAGUGUCUUCACUGACAUUUUCAACAUCUCCCUGGCCAGGUCUGUAAUACCUACAUGUUUCAAACAGACCACAAUAGUCCCUGUGCCCAAGAACACUAAGGUAACCUACCUAAAUGACUACUGCCCCAUAGCACACACGCCGGUAACCAUGCAGUGCUUUGAAAGGCUGGUCAUGGCUCACAUGAACACCAUCAUGCCAGAAACCCUAGACCCACUCCAAUUUGCAUACCGCCCCAACAGAUCCACAGAUGACGCAAUCUCAAUCACACUCAACGCUGCCCUUUCCCACCUGGACAAAAUGAACACCCAUGUGAGAAUGCUGUUCC